AUGGGGGUGCCUACCUUUUACAGGUGGCUCAGUUGUAGAUAUCCCAGAGUAGUCGUUGAUGUGGGGCCUCACCAUGCAGCCGAUGCCGUGCGAGAGAGAGAGGAGGCUCUGCGGAAAGAGGAGGCGCAGAGAGAGGAAAAGAGGGGUGACGAGGAGAUCAAGAGACUCGCCGAAGAACAAGGGCGAUAUGACUGUCUCUACCUGGACAUGAAUGGCAUUAUUCACCCUUGCUGUCACUCAGACGACGGACUAAGCCCUCCCAGCGAAGAUGAUAUGUUUAAGGCCAUCUUUUUGUACGUUGAUCGGCUAGUCGAGAUCGUGCAGCCGAGGCUUCUGCUAUACUUGGCGAUCGAUGGGGUGGCUCCACGCGCGAAAAUGAAUCAGCAGCGGAUUCGCCGCUUUAAGGCGGCUAAGGACAUAGAGGAGGAGCAGGAAGCCUAUGAGGCUCUCAAGCAGCAGUUUAUUGAGGAAGGGAGGGCAGUGCCUAAUCCCAAGCAAAAGUGGGAUAGUAACUGCAUUACACCUGGAACGCCUUUUAUGGAUAGGCUGGCGAGGUCUCUUAGGUACUAUAUAGCGGAUCGGCUGGCGAGCCACCCGCUCUUCAGAAACCUGCAAGUUGUAUUUUCGGAUGCAAACGUUCCAGGGGAAGGCGAACACAAAAUCGUCGAGUUUAUUCGAGAGCAGCGAAAGCUGUCACACUAUCCGCCGAACUUGCGGCACGUGUUGCAUGGCGCAGAUGCCGACUUGAUCAUGCUGGGGCUUGCUACGCAUGAGGCGCACUUUUUUAUUUUGAGAGAAGCCGUGAUUGAAAGGCCACCACCUCCGAAAGAGGGACUGCUCGAUGCUGCAGCGGCGGAGGGGGCAGCUGCAGGAGAGACGGUGGUUCACAAGAGGGAACGGGAAGACUUCGAGGAAGCCGAGGAAGCGAUGAAGAGGGAGCUGGAAGUGAAGGCUUCGUGGAAGCCUCUACAGAUGAUCCAGCUACCCGUCUUGAGAGAAUACAUUCAGCAUGAGCUCUGCGACAACGGACGGUACAACGCGGAGAGGGUGAUAGACGACUUUGUCUUUUUGUGCUUUCUUUGUGGGAACGAUUUCCUGCCCCAUCUUCCCCACCAGUCGAUCCAGAGAGGCAGCAUUGACAGUCUCCUUGAGGUGUAUGUACACCUCAGACCGCACGUCCUGACAGGCUACCUGACCGACGGAGGCCGUGUGGAUCUGAAAAACUUGGAAGCCUUCUUGUGCGCUUUCGCGAAAGUGGAGGACGAGCUUAUUAAACGGGAACUUACACGAAAGGAGAGGCUGCGGGAGAAACACGCCUUUGAGCAGCAGAAGCUCCUAGGAGCCGCAGGGGCUUUAGAGGAGAGGCACAUCCAGCAACAGCCUCACUGGCAGAAACAGGAAACACAUCCAGCAGGGAAGGAAAUACAGCCAAGGCGUGAGGGUUUGCCCUCCAACGAAGAAGUUGCACGGCGUCUCAAGAUGCAGCUGCUGGGCGAAGAGGUCUCGGGAGAGCUCUCCUCCGCCCAUGUCGAGGAUGCGUCGAAAGAGGAUGCAUCCCGCAAGGCUGAUGCUGCUGCGUCGCCUCCUCCCUCCGCUUCUACGGAGGCAGAAGACGCAGCAGGAGCACCAUCGGCUGCAUCUCUGGCUUCAGCAGGCACCGCAGCGCAUCUCGUAGAUGCGGACUCUGCGCCUCUAGCGAAGCGCAUGAAGAAUCCUGAGGGGGCUGCCAAGGGCGUGGCUUCUCGCAGUCGGUGGGAGGAGGAUGUUGAUUUGUUCAAGGCACGCAUGCAGGCAGCGCUGAGCGGCUGUCGUGAGGUAGACAUGCAUGCGCUGCUGCAUGAGGGUGUCGACAGUGGUGUGGGGUGCAGGACGCGAGAUAGGUGGCGUGUGGAAUACUAUCAGGAGAAGUUUCACUUGGGCGCUCUGGAGGAGGUCGCUCCCUUUGCUGCUUCCGUGUCUGAGGUGUACAUUAGAGGCCUCCAGUGGGUUUUGCUCUAUUACUUUGAGGGGUGCAGCAGUUUUGAUUGGUUUUUUCCGUUCCAUUACGCACCACUCGCCGUGGAUGUGUGGGAAGCGGUCAGACUCAUCAACAGCAGGAAGGCGCAGCGGAAGCGGCAGUUGGCUGCCGAAGGACGGGAUGAGGAGGCACUAGAAGGAGCUAAGGUGAGGCAGGGAGCGUAUCGAAGGGAGUCAUCGUCUUCGCGAGGAGGGACGGGAGAAAAGCGAGGAGGUGAAGGGCGAUCAAGGGGUGGUUUUUGCUUCUUGUCUUGCAGCACUCGUUAUGUGUGGGGGGGAAGGCUGCAGGGGCAGGAUGGGGAGUAUUGCUGCUCUCUCCUUGUUGACGCAUGCGAGGCGAGGGCAGAAGCCGCAGCAUUUGACUUGUUUCCCCCUUCGCGCCCUCUGAAGCCUGUCGAGCAGCUGAUGGCCGUUCUGCCCCCCUUCAGCGCGAACUGCUUGCCGGAGGCGCAUGCGAAGACGAUGCUAUCGCCCCUUUCUUCCAUUGCAGACUUCUACCCAACGAAAUGCAAAUACGAUCCUAACGGAAAGAGGUACCAGUGGCAGUGGGUCGUCUUGCUUCCCUUCAUUGACAAGCGACGCUUGCUUGCCGUUUCAAAGCAACUGGAGAAGACGCUUUCUCCGGAAGAGCAGCGCCGCAAUCGCCUCUCGGAGGCUGAGAUGCAUGUGCAUGAGAGCCAUCCUCUUGCCGCAGAGAUGCAGCAACUGACUGCAGCACGAGGACGCGGUCUAAGACUUGAUGAGGAGCCAGAGUGGCAGCAGACGGAAGAUGAGAGAAAACUUCCUCGAGGCGUAGUAGGCGAAGGACACAUCAUGAUCGCAGAUUCCAGUGGAGGCUUUGGAGGACGGCUUUUCUGCAUCGAAAGCGCCUAUACACCUGGCAUGCGAAUUGACAGUCCUGUUGAGGGUCUUUCCGCGGUGUGCUGUGCUUCGCGGUGCUGCUAUAUAUCCCCUCCACGUAUCCCGCUGUCUCGGCAUCUUUCGAGCCUCCUUCCUGGCGCUGUUAGCCUGGGCCCUUUCCUGGAUAAGUAUGAUUUGGAGGACGAGUCUCGAAAGGGCAGGGCUUUUAAUGGAGCAGCAGCUCGCCGCAUGGUCGCCUUCGCGCUGGGGGGGGUGGCGCGACAGCAGCCUCAGCAGCAACAACAACCGCAACACGGGUGGGACGGCACCUCUGACGGCGGAAGCCGCUCUCAGAAUAGGGGGGGGCCCCCCUGUGUGAUCAGCAACCACCAGCGGCAGCAGCAGCAGCAGCAGCAGCAGCAGUUGCUGCAUAUGCAGCACUUCAGGGGGCAUCUGCCCCCGCAGCUGUGGAGGCAUCCCUAUGGGACUGCGUCUGCUCCUGGCGUGCCUGUAGUACAGUCCGCUGCCUUUGCAGCUGCUGCCGCUGCUGCCCCUCAGCAUAUCAUUCCGGUGGCUGUGCGACUUCAGCAGCAACUGAAUCCCAGGGGGGGCCCCUUCCAGGGCGGUCAGGCGCACGCGGGGGGGCCCCCGAUGUACAAUCAGGGCACCAGAUGGGAUGCACAGGUGUCUGGAGGUGGUGCCUCGCAUGCACCGUGGGGUGGUGCGUCUGAGUACCGAAGUGGGCCUCCAGGGGGCCCUCCGCAUCCCCCUCGAGACCCCAGAAUCACAGGAGCAGAAACUAAGCGCCCUGUGGUCGCGCAAUGUACUUUUAACGAAUAUAGACACGCGACGGCACACCGCGCGAGUCCGCGUAUGCGGCUGCAACAGCAUGGAAAAAGGGUCACACAAAUAAUAUGGGGGAAAACAGCCGAGAGUGGCGCUAAGGGAGUCAGAGAACGCAAAGAGACGCAAGGGGCAGAGAAGAGGACGGAACAGAAGAUGAAGAGAGGGACGGCAGCGAGGUAG